AUGAAGUCAGCUCUUGGGUUCACCCUCGCUCUACUGGCAGUGCUUGCUGUAAAGACAGCAGCUGCUGCGGUCCAGUUCAGCCAUGCCGAAGAGUGGCAGAUGUGGAAGACACAGCACGGGAAGAGCUAUGGCUCAGUGAGAGAGGAGCUGGAGAGACAUCUGGUGUGGCUGGCCAACAGAGAGUACAUCAAUGCCCACAACCAGAACUCCCACAUCUUUGGAUUCACCCUCGCCAUAAACCAUCUGGGAGACAUCACUGAUGCUGAGUAUGAAGAGAUGUAUUCCACCUACCGCGGCAUCGAUCAUGGAAACUACACCAAGGUGCAUGAUCCUUCCCGCUAUUCUGACGAUCUUCCCGAGACUGUUGACUGGAGGACUAACAAUGCAGUCACUGGUGUCAAGGAUCAGGGUCAAUGUGGAGCUAGCUAUGCUUUCAGUGCAGUGGGUGCUCUUGAGGGAGCCAAUGCUCUGGCUACUGGUACCCUCACCUCUCUCAGUGAACAGAAUAUCAUCGACUGCUCAGUUCCCUACGGUAACUACGGAUGCAGGGGAGGCAACAUGUAUGAUGCAUUCCUAUACAUUGUGGCCAACGAGGGAAUUGACACAUCUGAUAGCUACCCAUACAAGGGAAAGCAAUCGAGCUGCGGUUACUCUGCAAGUGGAUGUGGAGCCCGAAUCUCAGGGAGUGUUGGUAUCAAGAGCGGCAGCGAGAAAGACUUGCAGUCUGCAGUGGCUAACAUUGGACCCAUCGCAGUGGCCGUGGAUGCUCGAUCCAAUGCUUUCAGAUACUACAAGAGUGGUGUGUACAGCUCCACACAGUGUUCUAGCAGCACUCUCACUCAUGCUAUGGUGGUCACUGGAUAUGGCACUUACAGUGGAACACCGUACUACCUUGUCAAGAACAGCUUUGGCCAAAACUGGGGAGUCAAUGGCUACAUUCUGAUGGCCAGGAAUAUGUACAACCAGUGUGGAAUUGCAACUGCUGCCUCCUACCCCACUCUAUAA